AUGGGAGUGCAAGAAGCAGACGGGUGUGUCGCCGAGCACUUUAAAGCUGAAUUCAUCGCGGCAUCCCACGCUGGUCGCGAGCUGUUUGGUUUGAAGGAACUGUUUGGCGAACUAAACAUGAAGAUAUUCAAGCCGAUGCCAAUGUGGAUGGAUAAUCAAGCCGCGAUUAAGUUGCUGAAGACCCACAAGAGCUUAUUAAGUGCAAAGCAUGUGGACAUUCGGUAA